AUGCGCUUGCAAUCACCUCGCUGCGUUAUCUGUAGGGGAUUAUUACAUGAAGAAAACGCAAAUAUUCCCGAAGUAACCGCGAACUUGGUAGCUCGCGCUGCUCCGUCAGGGGUCGGAAAGGCGAGGGACGUGGCGCCCAGGGAGAACCCAGCGCGCCGACUCUGCACGGCUUUCAGAGAAAACCUGAACGUGCCGUCCGCUGAGGACAGCGAGCGGGCCAAAGGCCGCCGCGCAGCCACUUCCUGCCGGCAGCGCCAGCCCGGCCCCCGCGCGCCUCCGUCACCGGCCGCUUCCAGGCGCUGGAGGGAGGGACUGCGGCCACAGCGGCGGGUCCUGGAGCCGCGGCUCGGCCACUCCCGGCCCCGCACGGGCGAAGCGCGCAGCGGAGCGCGGGGUCGCCGACCCCGGCCUCCCGGAACGCGCAGCGCGGGGGCGGGGCCGGGGGCGGGGAUUUCUGGCACUUUCUGGGAGCUGCCAGCGCGGGGCGCCAGGGCUCGGAGGCUGGAAACGCCGGCGACAGAGACGCAGCCGCAGCCGCCUUUCCCUGGUCUCCGGCGAGGCCGCGCCGCCCGCGCCGCCACGGCCAAGUGGGGCCACGGAGACCCGCGCUGGAUCGUGGAGGAGCGGGAGGACGCCACCAACGUGAACAACUGGCACUGGACAGAGCGGGAUGUCACCAACUGGUCCAAGGACAAGCUCCGGGAGCUCCUGGUGGGCAUCGUUGUGGAGAAUGAAUCUGGCCGCUGCGAGAUCAGUGAGCUGAAGCAGGUGGAAGGAGAGGCUUCCUGCAGCAGCCGCAAAGGAAAGCUGAUUUUCUUCUAUGAGUGGAACAUCAAACUGGGCUGGAAAGGUACAAUUAAAGGAUCUGGUGGGAAGCACAAGGGACUGAUUGAAAUACCCAACCUUUCUGAAGAGAAUGAAGUAGAUGACACUGAGGCCUCAUCUCCAGUGGCACUGGGUGUAAGGAUUCCUACUGUGGCUCUGCACACGACUGGACUGUUUGACACAAGUGUAGAGCAGCUGUACAGCAUCUUUACCGUGAGAGAUUUGGUGCAAGAAUUUUUUAAGUCUCCUGCUGUAUUAGAAGCUGAAAAGGGAGGGAAAUUCCAAAUGUUUCAUGGGAACAUCACUGGUGAAUAUAUAGAUUUGUUAACAAAUAAAAAGAUCGUCAUGAAGUGGAGAUGUAGGAACUGGCCAGAAGAACACUAUGCAACAGUUGCACUGAAUUUUGUACCUACUCUUGGGCAAACGGAAUUAUAAUUGGACUGUAAAGGAGUUCCUGUCUGUAAAGAAGACAAUAUGAAAUUCUGUUGGCAGAAGCAGCACUUUGAAGAAAUAAAAGGUUUACUGUAGCUGACCACUCUAAAUGGUUAAUUAGAUUUCAUAAGGGCAUUCAUUACUUUUUUGUAAACAGAAAAAAGUGUCAUGUUUACUUCUCUAUUCUUCCUUUAAAAGAGAACAAAACCUCUUAUUUUAUAUUGGAUGAAAUCCAUGAACCUAUAUAGAAUUUAAAGCAUUGUUUGACUCUAACUAGACUCUGCAUUGAGUUAAAAAUAGCAAGCAACCUGAAGUUAGGUAUUAACCUCACUUUCCAUAGAUGUUCCUCUGGUGUCCUUGAGUGCAGAUGGUUGUUGAAGUUUCCCAAGCUAAAGCCUGUCCUAGAGCAAGCUUACCAUCAGCUGUAGUUUUAGUUUAAGAUGACAAAAAAGUAAAUGGCACGUUAUUACUAUUCCUUUAUUUUACUUUAGGGUUUUUAGUCUUAGGUAGUAAAACAAUGGCAUGUUGUAUCUAAAAGCAUGUUGAAGUGCGGGCUGGUGGGCUGUAUUGUUACACCUCUCUGCCAUCCUUGGUUGGCAGUGCAGCAGUUGUGCACUUGGACUGAGAAGUGUAUGGGGCUAAGUCCUCAUGAAAUAGAAUAUAAUGGAUAAUUAUAAGUGCUUUCCUGCCCCCCCCCUCAUGGUUUUCUCAUUACUUUCUACUUUCAUCUGAGAAGACUGAAGCAACGUAUGUAAACAAAUAAAAAGUCAUCACAAUCAGUUUAAUUAAGUGCACAGAAUAGCAAUCAGUCAUGUCAAUAAAAAUAAAACAAUUAUUUUUA